CAUUGUGUAGAAUAUUCGUAACCCAAAUUCCAUGUGCCACUUCACCCUCAAAUUCUAUCAACCUUCCCUAUAUAAAUCUUCUCCACACCCUUUCUCAAAAUUCCAUUUUACAUAAAGAAAAGAAAAAAAAUAGUAAAGUAAAAAUGUCGGCAAUGGUAGAGUCAUGGAUGAACGAACUUGGAAAAUGGAAAAACAGAGUUGAAGCUCAAAACAACAACAACAACAACAACAACAACAAGCCAUUGAUGCCCAAAUCCAAUCAACUCCAAACAGAUCACUUCAAACAACCUCCCAAAACCCACAUCCCGGAUUCCGACGACACAGAUACCUCCGUCCUCUCUGAAUCCACCAUUUGUUUGCUCAUAGAUCGCUUUGCUCCUUUGUGAUUAUGCUCUCUUUCAAUAAUUCCUCUUCCUCUUUUCAUUUUUACUCUGUAUAUUGAUGAAUAUAUAUCUAAUGUAAUUGUAAAGGAAACAGUAAUCUAGUUUUGUCCACUGCCACCUUGUACGGCUGCCGGCUGGUGCUGCUUGUGAUGCUCUGUUUGUUUCAACAAUUCCUCGGUCCUCUGUUUUCCUUUGUAAUUCUAUGUUGAAUUGAAUCUAUGUUAGGGUAUGAGAAGUCAAUUAAUGAUCUGUACUUUUCUCACCGCCGUAGCCAGAUUGAAGAGAGGAGGAGUACGGGGGUGGUAGCGGCGGCGACGGUGGUGGCCGGUUUGGAAACUUUCUGGCUUUCUGAUUUUCAAUUAGGCCUUGUAAAAUUUGUGUCUAUAUUUCUUUAAUCAUUUUUUCUAAUUAAUAACAUUUUGCUCUUCUCUUUUAUUGUUUAGUUUCUUUUUUUUAAAAAAAAAAAAUCAAGUGAAGAAUUAAUAUAAUAAAAUUUACCAUAAUUGAAGUUAUUAAGUUUAUGUUUAAAUUGUGGCAUGUUAUGUAAUUCAUUUUUAUAGUUGUAAUUAAUGCCACCAGUAUGAUUUCAAUGUAGAAAGAAAGAAAAAAAAAAGCAAAUUAAAUACAUUUUUCCUAGAUAUCUAUUCGAAAAAGGGAUUUUUUUUAGUAUAAAUUCGAUGUGAAAACAUAUAUAUUAUUUUUCAAUUAUAAAAAAAAAUAUUAGAUUAUCAAAGACGUUCUAAAAGAGGUAAAUGUUUUAGGUUUGAGUUUGUAACUAUUUUUUGGCAGUGUCUUUGUUUGGUUUUUUCUUUCUCAUAAUUUAAAUUCAUUUUACACACCACUAAGACAGCAUGCAUUAUCAAACCCUAUUUCAAUUCUAAUUCCAUCCAUGAUCAAUCCACAUUUAAUCAUUUCAAAAUUUUCUAAAAUUAGUAUCAAUUACUCAUCUUUUUCUAUUUGUUUUUUUUUAUUUAAAAAAUUUAUGCUAUAGAGAUAUUAGUUUUCGAAAACUAAUUAACCAAACAAUUUUGGAUUUUUAAUGGCAUGUUUAAUUUGUCGUUUUUUUUUUUUGUUAACGUAGCAAAGAAACUAUAAAUAAGUUCUUCUCAAAUUUUUCUUGACCCACCCUUCUCAAUCAAUAAUCUCUUAGAAGCAAAACUGGUAAGAUUUAAUAGACAUGACAAAUCAGAAACUUUUUACAGUGCUCCUUGUUGUCAUGGUGAUGUUCAUAUGUUUUGAUUUAUUAAGUAUGCUUUUAACUCAUAACCCUUCUAAUCUUAUAAUGUUAGGUUCUUUUGGGUGAAAACAAAUAUUAACAAUAUCAAAGUUUUAUAACAUGUAUGUUCAUGAAUUGAAUCAGGCCAUGUUCAGAUCCAGAUGAUAAUAUUUCGUGUAAUAAUAAUUGUCUCAAACAAAUAAAAAAUAUUGGAUUUUGUUAGCCCAAGUUAUAUGGCCCUUCGAAUAAAAAAAAUAUUUGUUGUUGUUUUUGUUGAAGUGUUAUUUGUCUAAAAGAAUAUCUCUUAAUUAAAUGAUUUAUUUAUAUUUAAAAGAGAAGACAUUUAAUGAAGAUUUGAUUCUUCUAUAUUUUGGGAAUCUCUCUAAUUAUCUUUAAGAAUAUAAUAAGUUCCUAUUCUUUAGGGAUCUUAUCAAAGAUACAAGUUUUAUACAUAUCUGGAUAUAUAUGUAUAUUUAUGAGUUUUGAAGACCGGUUGGAUUACGCAGAAAAAGAGAGAAAAGUUUUGUUGCUGACGUAAGAAGUAACUUCCGGCUUAUCAUUGAAGCAACCAUAACAAAAGGGGGAGCCUAACCAUCAGACGCUGUUGACGGGAGUCUUCUUCAUUACAGGGGGAGCCUGAAGUCUGAUGUUAAUACACAUGUCGUAUGGUUAUAGUAUUGAGAAGUACACGUAAGUUAUAUUGAUGUUUGGGUGUUUAUGGUGAAUAUUAAUAAAAUUACUCAUCCGAGCUGUGCGCAACUCCCGAGGUGUAGGCAAUAUUGGCCGAACUGGGUUAUCAAAGUUUCAUUUGUCAAUCUACUAUGCUAUCUCACAAGUUAUUACUAACAUUAUUAGUUGCACUCGUAACUAAAGGGUCCUUGAUUAUUCUUUACUGUUUUUCAUUUGGUAUCAGAGCGGGUUGAGAGAUCAUGGAGAUAAUCAGAGAAGAACCAUCUGCAUCUCGUCCUCCUAUUUUAGAUGGUAAAAACUACUCAUAUUGGAAACCUCGGAUGAUCUUCUUUAUUAAGACGUUAGAUGGAAAAGCUUGGAGAGCUCUUGUGGCGGGUUAUGAUCCUCCUAUGAUUAUCGUGAAUGGUGUUUCGGUUCCAAAACCUGAAGUUGAUUGGACCGAUGCUGAAGAGCAAGCUUCUGUUGGGAAUGUUAGAGCACUUAACGCGAUAUUUAAUGGUGUUGACCUGAACGUUUUCAAGUUAAUAAAUUCUUGCAGUACAGCCAAAGAAGCUUGGAAAACCUUGGAGGUAGCGUAUGAAGGUACUUCCAAAGUAAAGAUUUCAAGAUUACAGUUGAUAACAUCUAAGUUUGAGGCAUUAAGAAUGACCGAGGAUGAAUCAGUGCUUGAUUACAAUAAGAGAGUGCUUGAAAUCGCAAAUGAAUCCUUGCUGCUAAGUGAAAAAAUACUUGACUCUAAAAUAAUGCGGAAAGUACUUCGAUCCUUGCCCAAAAAAUUUGAUAUGAAAGUUAAUGCCAUUGAAGAAGCUCAUGAUAUUACAACGCUAAAACUUGAUGAAUUGUUUGGUUCGUUGCUUAUGUUUGAGAUGGCCACUGCUGAUAGAGAAAGUAAGAAAGACAAGAGAAUUGCUUUUAAAUCCACACAUGUAAGUGAGGAGGCUGUAAGUGACACUGAAGCAAACAUGAAUGAGUCAAUAGCCUUAUUAACAAAACAAUUCACAAAUUCCCUUCGAAAAUUAAAAAAUACAAAUCUCACAUGUAUGAAUGUUCAAACUUCUAAUCAGUAUCAAAGAAGGAAUGAUGAUGGCAUUACCAGGAGGAACAAUGAAAAUUCUGAUAGAAGAAGUGAUGGUUAUAUCAAGAAAAAGGAAGGUGACAGAAGGAUUUUAAGGUGUAGAGAAUGUAGAGGAGUUAGUCAUUAUCAGGCAGAAUGUCCCACAUUCCUGAAAAAAUAGAAGAAAAACUUUCGUGUCGCACUGUCAGAUGAAGAAUCUGGUGAUAGUAGAGAUGAUGACGACAACAUAAAUGCUUUCACAAUACGAAUUACUGAUAAAAACACUGAUGAUGAAAGUGAAUGUUCUGAUUCUGAAGAAAGCAAAAAUGAUGAACUGACAAUUGAGAAGCUUGAAGCUCCAUGGAAAGAAGAUUGUGAAGCAAGGGCAAUACAAAAGGAAAGGAUCCAAGAUCUUAUAGAAGAAAAUGAACGUUUGAUGUCUGUAAUAUCUCCUCUAAAGUUAAAACUGAGAGAAGUUCAGAAUGAGAAUGAUCAUAUUUUAAAAUCCGUUAAAAUGCUAAACUCAGAAAUGGAGAAUCUAGAUUCAAUACUUAAGUCUGGACAUAAUGGUUCUCAUAGAUAUAGGUUGGGAUUUGUGGCCUCUGCAAGUAUUCUUAAAGCUAUAUUGGUUGUGUUGUGAUGAAUAAAGAAAAUCAGAUUUGUAUGAGUGGUAAACGACAGACUGAUAACUGUUAUCAUUGGAACCCAAAAUACGUCAGACACCUGUCAGUUGACAAGAUCAGAUCAAACAUGACGAUGGCAUAAAAAGCUGGGGCAUGUCAGUAUGAGAAGCUUGGAAAAAAUUAUUAAAAAUGAAGCAAUUGUGGGAAUUCCUAAUUUAGACGUAAAUGGAAAAUUCUUCUGUGGAGAUUGUCAAAUUGGCAAGCAGACAAGGUCUACUCAUAAAAGUCUGAAAGAAUGUUAUACAAAUAGAGUCUUGGAAUUGUUACAUAUGAAUCUCAUAGGUCCAAUGCAAACAGAAAGUCUGGGAGGAAAGAGGUAUGUGCUGGUUGUAGUUGAUGAUUACUCAAGAUAUACUUGGGUUUGCUUUCUCAAAGGAAAAACAGAUAUUGUUGAAAUAUGCAAAAAACUGUGUUUGAAGCUACAACGUGAAAAAUGGAAGAAGAUAACGAGGAUCCAAAGUGAUCACGGUAAAGAGUUUGAUAAUGAAGGCUUUAACAGUUUUUGUCUGUUAGAAGGAAUGAACCAUGAAUUUUCUGCAACUAUAACUCCUCAACAAAAUGGUGUAGUAGAAAGAAAGAACAUGGCGUUACAAGAAAUGGCACGUGUUAUGAUACAUGCCAUAAAUUUACCUCUAUGUUUUUUGGCAGAAGCUGUAAAUACUGUCUGUCACAUUCAUAACAGGGUAACUAUUAGAACUGAAACGACUGUUACUCUUUAUGAACUUUGGAAAGAGAGAAAGCCAAAUGUUAAACACUUCCAUGUGUUUGGAAGUACAUGUUAUAUCUUAGCUGACAGGGAAUAACGUCAGAAAUGGGAUGCAAGGUCAGAACAAGGAAUCUUUCUCGGGUACUCUCAGAACAGUCGGGCCUAUAGAGUCUUCAAUAACAGAUCUGGGAGUACUGUAGAAGUUUCUAAAGCUGGGGCAUGUUAUAUCUUAGCUAGAACUACGAGUACUGUAGAAGUUUCUAAAGCUGAUAAUCCAUCUGAUGAUCCAGGCAAAAGUUUGAAAAAAUCAUCAUAAGAAAUUAUCACUAAAAAAUCAGAACUAAUUCCAUCUGCUCAUGUGAAGAAAAAUCAUCCAGCAAGCUCUAUUAUAGGUGAUCCGUCAGCUGGGAUGCAGACUAGAAGGAAAGAAAAGAUUGAUUACAUGAAGAUGGUUGUUGAUUUAUGUUAUACUUCCACCAUUGAACCUUCUACUGUUGACUCUGCUCUCAAGGAUGAGUGGUUGGCUAAAUGCUAUGCAAGAGGAGCUACUCCAAUUCAGACGAAACAAUGUCUGGACGUUAGUUUCAAAGCCAGAAGAUGUAAAUGUUAUUGGUACCAAAUGAGUGUUUAAAAAUAAGACUGGUGAAGCUGGAUGUGUGACGAAAAAUAAAGCCAGAUUAGUAGC